UUGACCCAAAUAACGUCUUCUAUCGUCUUCUACAGGAAAAAUAAUUAUAAAAAACAAACCGACUUUGCCAAACAUUCCCAAAGUCAAUUGCAUACAUCGCCGGCUUAUCAUCGGAGAAAUCAAAUCACAUCUAAACAUCCUUUUAAUCCAAAUCCUAUCACAAUUAACGGCAUCAUCAAUGUUUACUACACGUCAAAUCGCAGUCACUCUCGCGUUACCUCUGUUAAUCAUCUUUCUCACGCCGUUAAUCACCGCCGUUGACGUCGACGGUGACACGUCACUCUCCGCUUACGACUUGCUGGCAAGCUAUGAUUUUCCUGUUGGAAUUCUUCCUAAGGGUGUUACGGGUUAUGAUCUGGAUAACAGUACCGGAAAAUGGAGUGCUUACCUUAACGGCUCGUGCAGUUUCGCUCUAGAAGGUUCUUAUCAACUUAGGUAUAAAUCGAGGAUUGGCGGGUACAUAGCUAAAGAUAGGCUUACAAGCCUAUAUGGUGUUAGUGUGAAAGUUCUCUUUUUGUGGCUUAACAUUGGGGAGGUUGUUAAGAAUGGUGAAAAUCUUGAGUUCUCUGUUGGGAUUGCUUCGGCAAGCUUUCCUCUUUACAAUUUCUUGGUUUGUCCGCAAUGUGGAUGUGGAUUGAAUUGCAAUAGCAAUGGACAAAUUCUAAAGAUUCGAAACAGUCAUCUUGUCUCUUCGGUUUAGCUGCAUGCCAAACGAUUAGGGAGUUUGCUGAAAGAGAUACUUGCAACUCAUGGAAAAGAUCAGAUGACAUUGUUGCAGUGUACAGAAAGCCUGAAGUGGUCAUUCUUCUCCCGCUUGCUCCUCAUCUGAGUAACACCACAAAACUGAAAGUCGAAAAUUCCAGUGUUCAUUUACUUUGUAUUUAUGUUUUUCCUACUUGAAAUUUACAUUGUAUAUGCUGUUUACAAUCUUCUUGAAAUUGCUCUUUACAACGA